UGCGUUAAGUACGAAUACGAAAUUUACUUUUGUUUACAAUGUUCCGGGCUUGACUAAUAACAACUAUAAUCGCAAAGCCAUUAAAAAGAAAUAUCAGAAUAGCGAUUAUUUAUUGAAUCUAAAUUUAAUUAAUGUUUUUAGUUUUUAAUUUAAUUUAAGACAAAAAUAAUGUGGUUUAAACCGUUCCUUAUACUACUUUUACUUUUACUAAAUAUUGCAUGGGCGAAAUGUGACGGUCAAGUAGGCCCAGAUCCUUGGGAUUAUGUGAGUAAGGCGAAUCCUGUUUAUGAUGAUAUACCACCUGACCUCAGAAGUAUAUCUAUCAAGAAGGUACAAACAAAUAACAUUGGUGAAUGGUUUUACAAACGAAUACUGGCAAUUGUAUUAAAAGGAGGCCUGCUAAAGAAAAAUGAAGAUGGUAGUGUUGAUAUUUCUCUGCAAAUGCGAUACAGCUCUGAACAUUGGAAUGUCCUAGAAGAAUACAUAACUACCAAUAAAGUGCUUACAGAGGAUAUGUUUAGACGUUCCAUGGGAUAUGUGGAAGAAGCUAUAUAUAAACCUACUAUCACUGAAAAAAUUUCUAUGGCAUGGACAGAAUAUAUUCAAGUCUAUUUAAUAGAGUAUAAGGUAUAUAUUGUAUGGACUUCAAGUAUUCUGGCAGUUAUAGGUUCAACAAUUUGGCUAGUUCACCAUAUUUCACAUAAACAUGUAAUCAUAUUUGUAGCUGUUGCAUUUUACAUGUAUGAAGUUUUUGUGUCAUAUAAGGAAGCGGAAAAACAAGAACUAGAUAGGUUCAUAUCGGCAAUGAAUACAUGUAAAUGGUUUAUUUGGAGUUCUACUUGUGAAGUAUCACCACCUGAUCCAGUAAUAUUUUUAAAACAUAUGAAUCCACUUAAAAUUGGCGUCAGAAUGUUUAGUGUCCUGUUGACAGAGCCUAUGAUAACUAUUGGUGACACUAUUAAGACUCUAACACAUGGAAUAACUGAUGGACUGUGGUUCCCUUUUGAUAAAAUAAUGUAUGGAAUACUUAUGGUAACCUUCAAUGCCUUAAUAAUAUUUUUGUUAGUUAUGAUAAUUUUUAAUUACAUUUUAAACAUUCCAUUUAAUUUAAGCUUUUUGGGUAUAUUUAGCAUAGGUUUGAAGCAACGAAACAGAUCGAUUCCAAAAGUCUUUCCUGUCAGUCAUUCAACUGAUACACAUAGAAAAGAAAGUGCUGAUAGAAUCAGUGGAGAAACUCUAACAAAGCUACUAAAUGUUUGCGCUAAGGCACUUGAUACUACACAAUCUGCAAAAGUAGUUAGUAUAAGUAAUGGUUUUAGUCAGGGUUCAAAGUUAUCAAUUGCAGAAAAGCCCAUGCGAAGAUCUGCUAGUACAAGUCGCUUGCCAAAUGUUGUGGGCAACUGAAAGCAAUAAGAUUUUAAAAGUCCAAUUGUUCAAAUGCCACUAUAUUUAAUCAUGGUAGCACAAUAAUAAUUAUUUUUAUAUUUAGACAUCAAGUCACUAAAAUAACUAGUUAAGAUUUGUUGUAUAUUAUACUUUGUUUUGUACCUUAACUAACUUACAAACAAUAAUAUAAUUGAUAAUAUUGUUUGUAUGAUGGUGCCAAUUGUGUUGUUCACAACUCUUUAACUAAUCGUAGUAAAAAGGAGGGCACAACUUUAAGACCUGUCAAUGUAUUUAUUCAGUUUAGAGAACAGCAGAAUUGGCACAACUGUGCGGCAUUGAUUAAUAAUUCUUUUUUAUCUUUAGUUUUAGUAUUUAACCUGUGAUCUAAUAAUUGUAGGUAGGAUUUAAUGAAUUAAAAAUAGUUUAUGGUAUUAAUUCCGUUGUACUAGAAGAAAUAUCAAAACUAAGUUAAAUUGGAAAAUCUAAAAAUAGUGAUAAAGAUACAUCACUAUUUUAGACAGAACAAUUUAGUUUAGUUUAUCUAUUUGUAUACAACAGUAUUGGCAUUAAUGAAACUAUUAGUUUAAGUUUUACGAUUGUUUUGUAAAAAUGGGCCUUAUAAAUAAACAAGUUAUUCGUAAUAAUGUUUUUUAAUUAAAUUUUGUGAUGCUUAGUGAGAAGUGUAUGAAAUAAUAAAUUAUAGGAUUUGAAAACAUUCAGUACAGAAUACACAAGAAGCAAUAUUAAAUUUAAAAAAUAAAACUAUACAAUUACAGUACCUAGUUAAGAAGCAAAUUCUUAAUCUCGUUUAAGGUACUUACAAUCUAAAUGCUAUUUAUUGGUCAACAAACAUUCGCAAUCUCAUAAUAAGUAACAUCAUAACAAAACAUUAUCAAUAUAUACAACUAUAGGCAUAUGGAAUGAUCAGAGUUCAAUGAACCUCGAGUCAAGCUUUAACCAUAUUCUUUAACAUCACUAUACCCAACUACACUAUCUAAAUGGACUAAUCACUCUAUGAACUGGUAAAUGAACCUAAAAGAACAAUGUUUUUCUCAUGAUCAAAAUAUUAAGAUAUAGCCAAAAUGUAUAUAAAUGAUUUACUGGUUGUGUUAUCAACUUUUAGUUUUUAAGACACUUUCACGAAACGAAAGCAAGAAAAUAGUGGCGAUAUAAUAAAUCGGAUUGUUCUAUA